CAUAUACAGCUGUCACCCACAAACACAACAACAUCGACAACAGCUGGUGAAGCUAACUCGUCAAAUCUCGUAACAAUGUCUCACUUAUCUCAACAGGAGAAACUGUUGUACACUGACUUCUUCCUGAGACUGGAUGCCGAGCAAGGGGAUGGGGAUGGGGCGCUGAACAUCGCGGAGUUUGAGAAGCUGCUGCUGACGCUGGGAUUUAGAUUAAGCAAAGAACAAGUUGCGGCCGAGUUUAUAAAAACCGAUAAGGAUCAGAACUGGAAGAUUACUCUCGACGAGUUCCUGGUCACAUUGCCUAAUGUUGUCCCCCCAGGCUCGCCCCAGGCUAUUGCCGCGACUAUCCGACGCCGGUUUGACGAGAACGACUUGAACAAAGAUGGGUACAUUACAUUUGAUGAACUGAAGCAGGUGCUUGCUGACGCCAAUCAAGGCAAAGAUGAAGAGGAGCUCAAGUCUUUCGUAAGGGAUUUCAUAAAGAAUUGGGACGCGGAUGGAGAUGGCAAGAUCAAUUUUGAGGAGUUCCUGGAGAUGUUCAUAGAGACCGAAUUGGGUGAUGAGGAUGAUGAUGAAGAUGAUGAUGAAGAAAAGGGGGAAGUGAAGGACAAUGACGGAGAGGAUUUUGAUCAACGUAAAAACCCAAUCUACAUUCCGCGCGAAUGAUUUAAAGUAACAUUUUACAUUAAUGUUUCGAGUUUUCGGCAAUUUGAUUACUUGAUGUAAAUAUGAGGCAGUCUGGCAUAUAACGUCCAUGUUAUUGUUCUGUGAAAGAUCUAUGAGUGUAUGAAAAGCGUACGGAUCUUUAAAAACCUUAGAUGUAUACUCUGUCCCAUUGUCAGAGUCCUGAGACCAAUGUAACAAGCAUUUCAUUUCCAUCACAGUGUAAGCCUUACUACAAUAAACACAAUGUAUAUGCAGACGUUGGCUAUGCUCCAAGUCGUCAUAACGACCAGUUUGAACAACUAUCUUAAAUUACUGCAUCUAAAUCGAGAGAGGACUACUUUCAAGUGUCUAGGGAUUUCAGAACAUAAAUAUAUAGAAUAUAUUAGAGUGUUAUAUUAUAAUAUGAUGUCAAAUAUGAAAUUUAUGUUUAUUUUAAAGAAAGGAGAGUGAGUGAAUGGAUAUGAUUUUUUACGCCGCUUUUAGCACUAUAACAGCAAUAUUACAGAAAUGGGCUUCACACAUUGUACCUAUGUCGGUGAGAAGGGUGAAAGCUGUAACAGCAGUUUAUAUAAAUCAUUUACAAGGGACAGUAAUUGCUGUUGCAAAGUAUCCAACAAUCUGUGUUUACAUAAGACCGCCUGCGUGGUCUAGUGGAAGGUCCGGCACCGGGUCCACGUCAUACCAAAAUCACGUUAAAAGAUGGUACUUGUUGUUACCCUGUCUGGCACCGGGAAUGGGGUAUUCGUGUUACCUCUUUACAAAUGUGCUAUUUAGUAGCAUCAUUAUUCAUCUUAUUUGUGCUUAUAAUAUUAGUAGCUUUAAAGGUGUUCAUAAAUAAUUGAUCAAAUCCAAUAUGUUUCAUAUAAAUUAAGAACAUGAUUUUAAUAACACAACGAAGUUCAUCAAAGUUUAAAUUAAACAUUGGAUAAUAGCAGUGCAUAUUGUUAUAUUGUUGUAUUUGACAGUAUGCAUUACUGAUUCAUGAAAUACUAUAAA